UAUAAGAUGGGGGUGGGAGGAUCUAAUUUGGAUUCAUGUGAUUUUCCAGAUGCUGUGAGUGAAAUACAACUCUCACCCUGAAAAGCUCUCAGUGGUUUGCUAUUAGAGAAUGGGCUUCAGAGUUCUCCCCCAUCACUGUGCUUCAAUAACACAGGGAAAACAGUAAUCAGCAUUCGUGCUUUUCAUCCCCCCGGCUCUGCUCUGGCCUUUAACUUCAUAGAACAUCUCAGUGAUUCUCUGGCUUCAAAUGGUAUCUGUAUCCCACAGACAUCUUUUCUUUUACCAUCUCUUACUAGCUCUUGUCUGUCUGGUGUCUUUAUCAGUGGGUGGCAAAGCUUUUGCCUGCCCUCAAAAUAACGGCCAAUGAACUAAGACUUGGUCAUUUGGCAUGUAUUUCUUGAGCAGACAUUUGUUGAAUACCCACUAUUUGUUGGCUGGUGUUAGGAAGAUGAACAACACAUCACCCACAGCCCCACGGAAUUCCUAUUCUAGCAGGGGGAGACUGACUCAUAAACAGGCAGCAACAAAACCCGGUUAUGAGAAGACGGAUGAUGUUUCAGAGAAGACCUCAUUGGCUGAUCAGGAGGAAGUCAGGACUAUAUUCAUCAACCAGCCCCAGCUGACAAAGUUCUGCAAUAACCAUGUCAGCACUGCAAAGUACAACAUAAUCACAUUCCUUCCAAGAUUUCUCUACUCACAGUUCAGAAGAGCUGCCAAUUCAUUUUUUCUCUUUAUUGCACUGCUUCAGCAAAUACCUGAUGUGUCACCAACAGGUCGUUAUACAACACUGGUUCCUCUCUUAUUUAUUUUAGCUGUGGCAGCUGUCAAAGAGAUAAUAGAAGAUAUUAAACGCCAUAAAGCUGAUAAUGCUGUGAACAAGAAACAGACACAAGUUUUGAGAAAUGGCGCUUGGGAAAUUGUUCACUGGGAAAAGGUGGCAGUAGGGGAAAUAGUCAAAGUGACCAAUGGGGAACAUCUCCCAGCAGAUCUCAUCAGUCUGUCCACAAGUGAGCCUCAGGCCAUGUGCUACAUUGAGACGUCCAACUUAGAUGGUGAAACCAACUUGAAAAUUAGACAGGGUUUGCCAGCAACCUCAGAUAUCAAAGACAUUGACAGUUUGAUGAGAAUUUGUGGCAGAAUUGAAUGUGAAAGCCCAAACAGACAUCUGUAUGAUUUCGUUGGAAAUAUAAGACUUGACGGACAUGGCACCGUCCCCUUGGGAGCAGAUCAGAUUCUUCUUCGAGGUGCUCAGCUGAGAAAUACUCAGUGGGUUCAUGGAAUAGUUGUCUACACUGGACAUGACACCAAGCUGAUGCAGAAUUCAACAAGUCCACCUCUUAAGCUCUCCAAUGUGGAAAGGAUCACAAAUGUACAGAUUUUGAUUUUAUUUUGUAUCUUAAUUGCCAUGUCUCUUGUCUGUUCUGUGGGCUCAGCCAUUUGGAAUCGGAGGCAUUCAGGAAAAGACUGGUAUCUUAAUCUCAACUAUGGUGGCGCUAAUAAUUUUGGCCUGAAUUUCUUGACUUUCAUUAUACUUUUCAACAACCUCAUUCCAAUCAGCUUGUUGGUUACGCUAGAAGUAGUGAAAUUUACUCAGGCAUACUUCAUUAAUUGGGAUCUUGACAUGCACUAUGAACCCACAGACACUGCUGCAAUGGCUCGAACGUCUAACCUGAAUGAAGAACUUGGCCAGGUUAAAUACAUAUUUUCUGACAAAACAGGAACCCUGACAUGCAACGUAAUGCAGUUUAAGAAAUGCACCAUAGCAGGAGUUGCUUAUGGGCAGAGCCCACAGACUGCAGAUGAAAAGACAUUUAGUGAUUCGUCGUUGCUGGAAAACCUCCAAAAUAAUCAUCCAACAGCACCUAUCAUAUGUGAAUUUCUUACCAUGAUGGCAGUCUGCCACACUGCAGUUCCAGAACGAGAGGGUGAAAAGAUUAUAUAUCAAGCAGCAUCUCCAGACGAGGGAGCGCUGGUCAGAGCCGCCAAGCAGCUGAACUUUGUCUUCACUGGAAGAACACCUGACUCGGUCAUCAUCGAUUCACUAGGGCAGGAAGAACGAUACGAAUUACUCAAUGUCCUGGAGUUCACCAGUGCUAGAAAACGAAUGUCAGUGAUUGUCCGCACCCCAUCUGGGAAGUUAAGACUCUAUUGCAAAGGAGCUGACACUGUAAUUUAUGAACGACUUGCAGAGACUUCAAAAUACAAAGAAAUCACCUUAAAGCAUUUAGAACAGUUUGCUACUGAAGGGCUAAGAACUUUGUGCUUUGCUGUGGCUGAGAUUUCUGAGAGUGACUUCCAGGAAUGGCGAGCCGUGUACCACCGUGCAUCCACCUCCGUGCAGAACAGGCUGCUGAAGCUGGAGGAGAGCUACGAGCUCAUCGAGAAGAAUCUUCAGCUACUUGGAGCUACAGCCAUUGAGGAUAAAUUACAAGAUCAAGUGCCUGAAACAAUAGAAACACUAAUGAAAGCAGACAUCAAAAUCUGGAUCCUUACAGGGGACAAGCAAGAAACUGCCAUUAAUAUAGGACACUCCUGCAAACUGCUGAAGAAGAACAUGGGAAUGAUCGUCAUCAAUGAAGGCUCCCUUGAUGGAACGAGGGAAACUCUGAGCCGGCACUGUACAACCCUUGGGGAUGCUCUUCGGAAGGAGAAUGAUUUUGCUCUCAUCAUUGAUGGAAAGACCCUCAAGUAUGCCUUAACCUUCGGGGUUCAGCAGUAUUUCCUAGACUUAGCUUUGUCGUGCAAAGCUGUCAUUUGCUGCAGGGUUUCUCCUCUUCAAAAAUCUGAAGUGGUAGAGAUGGUUAAGAAGCAAGUCAAUGUGAUAACUCUUGCAAUUGGAGAUGGCGCCAAUGAUGUCAGCAUGAUACAGACUGCCCAUGUGGGUGUGGGAAUAAGUGGCAAUGAAGGCUUACAGGCAGCAAAUUCUUCUGAUUACUCCAUAGCCCAGUUCAAGUAUUUGAAGAAUUUGUUGAUGGUUCAUGGUGCCUGGAACUAUAACAGAGUCUCUAAGUGUAUCCUGUAUUGCUUCUACAAGAACAUAGUCCUCUACAUCAUUGAGAUCUGGUUUGCCUUUGUCAACGGCUUUUCUGGACAGAUCCUCUUUGAAAGAUGGUGUAUAGGUCUUUAUAACGUGAUGUUUACGGCUAUGCCUCCUUUAACUCUCGGAAUAUUUGAGAGAUCGUGCCGAAAAGAGAAUAUGCUGAAGUAUCCUGAACUAUACAAAACAUCUCAGAAUGCUCUGGACUUCAACACCAAGGUUUUCUGGGUUCAUUGUUUAAAUGGCCUCUUCCACUCAGUUAUUCUAUUUUGGUUUCCACUAAAAGCCCUUCAGUAUGGUACUGUGUUUGGAAAUGGGAAAACCUCUGACUACCUGCUUCUGGGAAACUUUGUGUACACUUUUGUAGUGAUAACUGUGUGCCUGAAAGCUGGACUGGAAACUUCGUAUUGGACAUGGUUCAGUCACAUAGCGAUAUGGGGCAGCAUCGCACUCUGGGUGGUGUUUUUCGGAAUCUACUCAUCUCUGUGGCCUGCUGUUCCCAUGGCUCCUGAUAUGUCUGGAGAGGCAGCCAUGUUGUUCAGCUCCGGGGUCUUCUGGAUGGGCUUAUUCUUCAUCCCUGUGGCAUCCUUGCUCCUGGAUGUAGCCUACAAAGUCAUCAAGAGGACAGCUUUUAAAACAUUAGUAGAUGAAGUCCAGGAGCUUGAAGCAAAAUCUGAAGACCCUGGAGCAGUGGUACUUGGGAAAAGCCUCACCGAGAGGGCACAGCUGCUCAAGAACGUCUUUAAGAAGAACCAUGUGAACUUGUACCGCUCUGAAUCCUUGCAACAAAACCUGCUCCAUGGAUAUGCUUUUUCCCAAGAUGAAAAUGGAAUUGUUUCACAGUCUGAGGUGAUUAGAGCCUAUGAUACCACGAAACAGAGGCCUGAUGAGUGGUGAUGGGGGAAGGGCUGAAAGGCAGACACUACUGGGUCUCUAAGGAGAGCUCCCACAAUCUAAGGUCAUCACCUCAAUCUGCUGACCAGUUCUACUCUGGUCUCCGGCGAGCAACAGUGGAUCUGAGCUCAUCUCAUUGAUGGACCUUCAGAUUCGUGUACAUCAUAGACAUAAGCACUGUGUGACUACUAUAACACCAUCUCUCUCAGAUUUCUUUAAAGUGUUGGCUAAAGUGUGUGAACAGAAAUGGAAAAUGACCUUGGUUCUCUGCCUGAAUGUUUUCUCCUGCUGAGGAUGGGUCAGUGUUCUUAAGCCAUGGCUCUGGAGCUGUAACUGAAUUUCUUGGCGAUACUACAAGGCAACCACCCUUUUAAAAAAUCCUAAAAUGGUGUUAAGUUAAAGGGAUUCUUGAUAUCCAGACUUCGCUUUCAGGGCGUGCUGAAACAAACCAGCUUUCUUAAGGAACUGACUCACUUUACUGAACAUUUCUAAACAAGGCAUUAAUACAUGUUUGUGUCAAAAAUUGUCUUGUUAUGUGUUUGCCAAAGAAGUUCAGUAAGUGUAUUUCUCAUUCAGUAGUCAUUUGCCCAGAAACUUCAGAGAAGGUUGACUCCAGUUCUUCUAUAAGAUCUGCAUGCCUGACUUUUCAAAUGUGAGAGUGAUUUGCAAAAAUGAAUUCUUUCCAGGCAUUUGCUACUAAAAUUUGUGAUGUGGCACCUUUCAAGCCUUAUGAGUGCUUCUUUAUUAUUUGUCUUGUUUCUUUGUUCAUGUUUGAGGACACAGUAUUAAUGUGAUUUAGUACUAUAACACUGAUUUUUUUAACUGUAUUUGUGUCUCAGUCAUUUCUGAUAAACUCUCAUUAUCUGUCAGAUUUUUCUAAAAAAUCAGCUUCUGCUAUAGAUUGAUUGAUGUCAUUUUGUCUGCAAGUUUUCCCUCUUUAAGAAAAUUAUGCUUCUAUGUUUAUGUGGGAUUUCCUAAAGCUUCUGUUUCAAUGUUUGGAAUAACAUGUCAGAUAAAUGCAUGGGCUUUUGUAAUGUACAUAGGCUCAGCUAUUGUAAGGUAUUUGGGUCCUGGACUAAUGUCGUGCACUUGGUGUAUGGUGACUGUCCAUGUACUUCACACUGGAAGUUAAUUCACAGCUCACUUCUCCAGAAAUCCUCAUAAUUAGUUACAUUCUGCAUAUUGGGACAAAUAAGUAGGACCCUCCCCCUUACCCCACCUUUCAAAAAUAUCUACUUUACUAAGUCUUUUAACUUUAUAAUCAAAGAACACUUUUCACCAGGAUAGGGCUUAUUCAUAUGUUUAAAAAGGUACCUUCAGUUUAGUUCUUUUCAAUUGUUUCCAUGACAUCUCCUGAAAAAUGCCUAUUUUGAUACCAACAAGAAAUGGUGAAGGGGCUGUUUAAAAAAUACAACCAGUUUUCUACACUAUUUUUAAAAGAAUACUUUCAUUUAAAGAGUUAAAUAAGGAAUUCUAGUUUUCAGAUACACUUCAGAGAUUGAAGCAGACAUUUUUGCCUUCUAUUCAAAAGCCUGUUUGCCUUUAAGUGGACUUACCAGCAAAAUAGGUUAAAUGAGAGAUCUUCAACAUGAGACUAUUCAUGCUUCAUCAGUAUAUAUAACAUCAGGAUCUGAAAUAUGACUGUGUGUAUGCCUUCUUUGCCUCAUGGUCCAGUUUUAAUUACCGAUAAAUUACUUUCUAGUUAAGAGUAUAGAGAAUUGAGAAGAGAGACGAUAGUCCAAAUUGUCCUCUGAGUUUGAUCACUGCACAUUAUUCUCUCUCUUCUCAAUUUAAAAUCAGAAUACAUAUUUUUCCCUUCUCUAUAUUUGUAGCUAGUUGCCAGUAUGCCACAUUUUUUUAGAAAUGAGGUUAUCACACAUAUGCAUAAUUCUAACUGAAAGGGAAGAGAGAGUUCAAUACUUCACUUCUCAGACUCUUCCCAUCAGGGCUGCAGAUUAAGAGAAUCAUGAAUCAGAACAUCUAGAAAAACUGCAGAUGUGCAAUCUAAGAUUGUCUUCGGAAUCCUAAUGGUCAUAGACUAUAAUCUUAUCAAAUAGAUCUCCAGAGUCAAGCUUGUCCUGGGCUUCCCAAGGGUAGUAGGUGAAGUCAGACCUCAGAAAGAAUACAGUGCAUUCCUCCAGAGGAAUGCCUCACAAUCAUUUCAAAGAAGAACUGCUCUGUCACCCCCAUUCAUCAGGGGCUCACUUCCCCAACAUUUUAAGUUACAAAUCAAAUAGAACUGAAAUUUCUGGCUAGAACAUAAAAAUGUUAAGUUAGAUUUUCAUCUUGAAACAUGAAUCUUUUUAUGAUACUGUUCAACAUGAAACUAUUCGUGGUUAAUCGUAAUCUGAAAUGUGAUUGUUUAUACCAUUGUAUCCCAUGGAGCUGUAUUUCUGAAUUAUCGACAUUGAGUUAAUCUCUUUGCUCCUUGGGUGUGGAUAUGUGGUGUAGGGAUCAGGGAGUGACCACUUGGAAAAACUUGAAAUGUAGCACAGCAAUUGCAGUGACUUUUAUAGAAAUGAGAGAAAAAUGUUCCAAGAUUUUUACCAUCCCGAACUGGAGAUGGGGAGGGGAUGGUAUAUGUUUACCAGCACUCAAAAAACCAACCAGUCAGAGUGACUUUUUUUUUUUGUUCCAGCCCUGAGGCUUGAACUCAGUAUGGGGCACUGUCUCUGAGCUUUUGUGAUCAAAGCUCUACCACUUUGAGCCACAACUCCAUUUCUGGCUUUUUUUUUCUUUUUGGUGGGCCAGGGGUAGUUAAUUGGAGAUAAGUCUCGAAGACUUUUCCUGCUUUUACAAUGUUUACAAUUCAGAAAAAUACUCCUUAGACUAGAAAAAGAAAUCAUUUCUCUAGCAUUGAAAAGCUGGGAGUUGCUUCUUUAAUGUUGGAAAUAUGAUAUAAUAGUAUUGUAUGGACUUUCUAAAUAUUUUAUAUA